CAGUGCUCAGAGCUUGCUGUCGGGUUAGUAAAAUGGAAGAGAUCUAUACUAAUGUGGAUCAUUCGGAUUAUUCGAACCAAAAAUGCUCUCAUUGCAGGGGUAAUCAAGUUUCUUCCUCAAAGUGCAUUAAAGUUCUUCUGAUCGUUCUCAGUGUCUCUCUUGUUUUGGCUCUUGGAGGUCUCUGUGUUCUGAGGAUCAUGUAUGCUGGUAAAUUCCCCGGACGUGACGCUCUGACUGACCAGCGGCACAAUGUUUCGAAACUGCAGUCAGAUACGGAGAAAUUGUGUCCUGUAUCAGACGGUCAUGAAGAGCUCUUGCUCAAGUACAAGAGAUUCACAAAAUGCCUCUCUUCUUGCUCUGAUCCGGCUUGUAAACCCUGUGAGGAUGGUUGGACAGCACAUCAUGGAAAGUGCUAUUUCUUCUCUUCUACACAGAAGACGUGGUUUGAGGGUCGUGAUUCAUGUGUAGCAUCAGGCGCUCAUCUGGUCACCAUAAACAAUAAAGAAGUACAGGAUUUUCUGGCCUCUAAAAUUGACCAGACGAGCUGGAUUGGUCUCAAUGAUCUGGACACUGAAGGACACUGGGUUUGGAUGAACAGCCAGACGCUCACUGAAACACAACUGGAGUUUUGGUUCGUAAAGGACUCAGGAGAAAGAGAACCCGAUAACUCAGGUGAAGAAGACUGUGCUUGUAUGGGAUAUGGGUCUUACUUUUUAAAUUCUUGGUUUGAUGCUUCUUGCAACUCCAAGAAAAAAUAUAUCUGUGAAAAGAUAUUCAUUUACCUUCAGUGAGCACAACUGAAAAAGGCCUAAGAGGUCAAAUGAACCUCAAAUAUUUACGAUAAAUCGAGCUCUCUUUUCAGAAUGAUGUCAUCAUCAAAUCAUUGCAUGCAAAUUGAUCUCAUUCUCAGAAUGCAGAUACAUUGAACAAUGAACAUUCUCUUUCUAACUUAGCAUUUUCUAAAUGUGUGCUUGAAUCUUCACAUUUCUUUGCUUACUUCAAAAUAUACUGUAUGAAGUUUUUUAAAAAUGUAUCUUUCAUGUAUCUUCCAUUUAUAACUGCAUUUAAAUAAAUAAUGGGUUGAAUUUGUAUGUGUUUACACUGUUUAUGGCCUAUGCCUUGGAAUGGCAAAUUGCCUUAGAAAGUCACAUCACAAAUGUGAUCCAUGAUGAUCUACAUGAACCUCAAAGUAAUUAGUAUCAAACAACACACUGUAUUUAAUAUAUAUAUAGCAUUUACAUUUAUGUCUAAAGCCCAGAAAUGGGACUGUGUGUAAACUGUCUUAUCCCUAAUAAAGCUUGUGCAAAU